AGGAAACGCAACGCUGUCGAAAUUUCUGUCAUAUUUUCUCAGUUUUCUCUAAAUUGAACAUUUGUAAAGUCGCAAUAACCUAACAGUGGCAUUCUGUCUGAUUCAUAGGUGCGGCACUUCGACGUUCGAGAUUCUCACCAUGACAAAUUUGUGAAUUCUUGUCAGACACCAAAUUUAAAAUGGCUGAAGUUCUUACCAAGAAAAAGCCGAAGGGGCGAGGUAGAGGCAGAGCGCAAAGCAGGGCGACUAAGCCUCCCCUCCCGCCCGGCUUGCUAGCCGUAGAACUGGACUCUUGCAGCAGUUACGAUGAGCUGAGCCAGAGCGACGUCGACACCUACCGCAGCGGAAGCCAGCGCAGCUCCUUUUCCGACUCCGCCCCUUCUAAUCUACUGGAGAAGGAUGCAACGCCUGAUGUUCCCAAGUCAGAAGAGCAGUUUCUGGAUGCAGAGGUGGAUAAGAUCAGCUUCGGCAGCAUGGAGAUGACGUCAUCGCCUUUGGUGACUGGAAGGAAACAGCAAGUUGACUCCCCUUUGGCUGCAAAACCUGAAUCUGCCAGCGUAGCGAAUGGACCUGCGAUAAGUCUAAACAUGUCUACGGGUAUUACACCCCUGGCUGAAAAUAAGAGCCCUUUGCCUGACAACUUGAAUGGGAGUUUUCACGACGAUGAUAGAGCUUCUGCUGAGCUCGAUCUUGACGAGAAGAUGAUCAUCUUCAUUCGUGUCACUCAGUGCGUCGAUCCCAGUAACUUCUCCGGUCAAAUUGGUCGAGAUGAGGAUUUCCAAGCUUUCUCAGAAUUGGAAUGCGCCAUUGAGAGAUAUUGCCUCGACGACGACGAUGUGGUGAAGCACGAUGAUGACUUUGGCCCCCAGUACUAUGUGCUUGCCAGACAGAGGAAAACAAAGAUAUGGAAACGAGCCUUUGUGAUGGGUGUGGACCGUGAGGCAGAUGAAGUGGAUGUCUAUUAUAUUGACUACGGGAUGUCCGAGAUUCUGCAGCUUGCCGAUGUUAUUUAUCCCGUGCCUGAUAAUUUCCUGCAGUUCCAGCAGUUCAAUUAUGUCUGUGCAUUGGACGCUGUCAAACCACUGGCCUCAGUGUGGAUCUCCCGUGCCGUAACUCUGUUCAAAGAGCUUGUGUUUGAGAAGAAGUUAGAGGUGGAGGUCGUCCCGACACAGCCUCUCAACAUCACAAUCUAUAUCGGUGAUGAAAGGAAGUCCGUUGCAGAUUUACUCCUUGAGGAGGAAGUUGCCAUGCCAUGUGUUAGCCCAUCUCUGCUGCUGCAGUCUCCCGAGCCGACAGAAGGCGUGUCGAUUGCAUCCACCUUGGCCACGCCCGAACAAUACUCAUCCAUGGCCAGUCCCGAUACGGCAUCAAAGACGCUUAUUCCAGAUGUCGCGUCCCAAACUGUAGGUGCAGAAUCUGCACAACUGAUGAAUCAAGAGGAAUUUGGGACUCUGGAUACAGAUGGAGAUGUAAUGUUACGGAAACAAGAAUUCGGAACUGCUCUCGGAAGUGACGCCAUAGAUGUUGCUUAUCCUUACGUGGGAAUCAGCCCUUCAGUAACCUUUCGUGAAAGCAGCUUCGAUGCGGAUACUCCAGAGAGGAAGACAUCAUCCCGAUCAAAGUCGUCAAAGAAAUAUGCAUCCUCCGUUGUCGAAUCGGUGUCUGAAUUUAAAACAUCCGACAUCAAAUCUGACGCGAGAUGUGUUGACAUGAGAAAAUCGAAAUCGGAAGCCAGUACCAACGUGUCCCAAACGAUUCCGGACCAAUAUGUUAUGAACACUCCGGAAACCCCACCUAAUCUUGUAGUUGGAGCUAAGACGGAGCCACGCCACGUCAAAGGCCCAAACAAAGCGCCCCCUGCUUUUCAGUUUGAUCAACUCUUCAAAGCGUCCUCAAAGAUCGUGAAGCCUCGGAUUCCAUCGAGUCCUGAUACGCCAGAAGCAGAUGAUCUGUGGAAAGCUGAUCCUGACAUUCUCUUCAUGUUUGGAAAGGAGGCGUUAGAAGAGAGAAGAAUGAACAGCCUUGGUUUGAUUGAAGAGCAGACGGAUGAUGACGUCCAGCAAAACAUCAACAUUGUGGAAAAAAUAAGGCAGGGCAGGGAAGGCAGAAUCAGGAAAUCAUCGCAGCAGGCAGCUAGUCAGAGAACAAGCUCGCCAAAAUGUCACUCCCCUGCAUCAUCGCGUGUUACGAAGAUGACCGCGUCAGGACACCCCCAGAGAGACAGCUCACCGCGGGUCGACUCGCCCCACAGGAGCAGAACGGGAAAGAAGAAGAACCUCGAUAAAGUGGUCAAGGCGUUUGACGGGAAACAGGAGGGGAAAGUUCAGUCAUCCGAUCCAGAUGGCCAAGUUGCCAACAAGAAGACAGGGACCAAGGACGGUUCUAUUGAUGAAACAAGGGACCAGGAUAUUGUCGAGUUCCUCUGCUGCCUUCAGCAGGCCGUUGAGACAAGUGAUUGGAAAGUGAGAGAACUGGCCUUUGAAAACACGACGAAACUUGUGGACGAUUUCAAACUCGAUCUCAGUGGCGUUCUGAGUACCACUGACUUGGAGCAGUACAUGGGCUCCUUGCUGAGGAGAGGGGUAUUAGAAACGAAAGGCGAAUUUAUUAUGGAUUUGUUAAAUCUCUUACAGAACCAUGACUCCUUUGGUAGUACAUUCAGUUUCGCCAUGACGAAUGUGAUGCUGGAAUUCGUUAAGGUUGUUACUCGUGGAAGAACAAAGCAUGAGAAAAGUGAGGAUUUCUGUGAAUUUCUGAUUAAAAUCAUCAAGGCUUCCACAAAAUGGGUGACGAGUGCGCGGACAAGUGUGCUGGAUUUCACGCUGAAAACCCUGGAGAAAUGGCUGAUCUACAACAAAAAGGACAGUGGUUUAGAUAAGAAACUCUUGACUCACAACACGGCCGACUUGGAGCGUCUCUUCCUACAGUGUACAGUUACGGUGUUGACAGCGGUAGGUCAUGUGAUCGAUGAUGCGUACCCGGAAAAGGUCAUGUGGAUGAUGACGGAGCUGAGAGAGAGGCAACUGGACCAUGACAAGUGGAAUAGGAAAACCAGAAGUAAUGUACUGGACCUUCUGCUUCUCCAAGCGCGAGGCUGGGAUCAAGGGGUUAAGCAGAAUGGACGGAAAGAUGCUGCCAAUGACAGGACUGGAUGCCACAUUGGGGCACAAUGUGAUCUUCUGGUUGAUAAGUCCGAGGACGGGCUGGGAGCGCAUGAGAAGAGAGAUGGUGCAAAGAAAACUGAUUCAGGGACAGCAGAAAAUGAUUCAGUGGUUGCUGCUCGUCUGAAAGAAGAACCUGCUGAAUACACGCUCGUCAAGGCAAUGCUGUAUGACCUUCACCUUGAUCACCUGUACACGAACUUCGUCUCGUGGGGAAUCACGGAUUCCCUUAUCAAAUCGGAAGAUAUGCACCUCGGUAACUAUCUAGUCGGCUGCGGCUUCACGAUCCCAUUGGUCAGCAGGAUGAUGGAGUAUCUCGACCGGGACAUGCCAGCGCCACAUGUGGAGGAGGAGAGAGUUGAGCCGCAUCAAAGUCUCGGGGAAAUCAUCAAACAUUUGGGCCUGCCGUCGGAGAGGAUGAUGGCGAGACGACACGAUCGUGACCACACGCUGGAACUGACUCCUGCAAAUAAGGAAACUACUCAACGUCAAUCAGAGGUCGCUCCAACGAAAACUCUCGACUUCGGAUCAAAAGACUCCUCGCCUUCUCUGAAAGAAGUCGCUGAAACGCUGUUCAAAACAGACAAGGAGAUUCGAAAGCUGCGGGCUUCUGGUUCGAGAGACGUAGAAAUCGACGAAUAUAAUAUCUCAGAAUAUUUCAAGGUGCCAUUUUCGAAGGCCGACAGUGGCGCGGGUGUUGUCCUCGCCGAUCAAAAGGAGUUCCCGCCAUUGGCUGAUACGGACGAAGCUGAAACCUUAGUCGAGUGGGAUGAUGACCCGCCUUUAAAACAGUUGAGUUUCUCGGAUAUGCUGCGUAAAAAGGUGGAACGGGAUGUCAUCGCCAAGUUCUCUGAGCCGUCGCAGAAAACUGACAGUCUUCCAGAGGGGCCGACGAUACAGGAUUGGAUUGAGGAACGGCUGAAAGAUGGCUCUGGUGUGACAGAACUUGGUAAAGGUACAAGUUUGAAUGCUGCUGCGGGUGAACCUUGCAGAGAGGAGAGAAAAUAUGCGGAGUCAGCAAAAAAAUCUGAGUCAAAAUUUGAAAAAGUUUCUGAAAAGAUUUCAGAUGACUGGUUCUUUGUGGAAUCUGAAGAUGAAGAAGAGGAUGAGAAUCCUGUGCCGAAUUUUGCGAAACCGACAUUGCAGGAAUCUCAACCUCGCGCCCAGUCUGAACCAUGUGAACAGAGCACGAGAUCAAGGCCUUCAGAUUCGUGGAAAUUGAAACGCUAUUCGCAAACGUCGCCAAUUUCUAAAGAUCCGUGUAAUAACGUUAUAGCAAGAGAAGAUUCCUUGGGUUUGAAUGCGAUUAGUGAUUUAUUAGAGUCGGAGGCUCGCAGUGAUGCUACGGAGGCAGUUACCAUGGUGAGGACGCAAACAGAGAGUGCGAAACCAGAAAUGGCAUCUAGUUCGAAAAAGCCCUCCUGGUGGCGCGUUCCAUCGCCUCCGAAGGAAAAGGGUACGCCUGUUGCAGGAAAAUGCGAUUCUGAAUCAGAUGUUAAAAAUUCUGCGCGAGACACCAAAACUGUGCAAGAUAAGAACAAAGGGAAUGCAAACAGUGUGAAAAAACCAAAUGAAAGGACUUCAACGGGCAAUUCAAAAGUCUAUUCGAAAAAGAUUUCGAGCGAUUCGAAGAAAAUUUCGAGCGAUUCAAAGAAAUUGGAUGGGCCGGAGUCGGUGGUGGAUUGGAUGUUUACGGGGAGUUCUUCCCUGAAAGGGAGGAUGGGUCCUGUGAAAGAGAGGCUGACACCUGCUGGGGAGAGUCAAGAUUUAAAGGCUGCCGAUGUCAAUACGAGGGCGUCCACUCCAGAUUGUUGGAGCGAUUUGUCCGAUUCAGAAGUGGAUGAUCCGCCGGUGAUGUUCGAACCGAAGUUGGAUCACGAUGCUUCUGAGAUGAACUGUCCAAAGAUUGAUAAAUCUGCAAGUAAGUCAUUAGUUGGUGAUUGGAAAACGACUCGAGAAAAUGAUGAUUUUAGUGGUGGUGGUGCGAGACCCAAGACAGUCAAAAUGAGUGGCAGACAUGACGUUGUUGAUAGUGGCCUAAGGACUCGUAUGAAUGGUAAAAACACUGAUAGGGGGCGUAAUGAGAGAGAAAGUGACUCUCAAAGUUUGCGCAAAAAACUUGAUGUCAAUGAUUCUUGUUUGAAAAAUCAAACUGGUUCAGAAAGGUCGUCCACUUUAGACGCUAAACUCAUUAACAACGACAGCGCCAAAAAAUCACACGAUAGUUUUGAAUAUGACUUUCAGUACGUCCCGCAGUUGGAGGAACCGGAAAAAUGUGGGGCCCCUGCCAACGCCAUGUAUGUUGAUGACAAUUACGAAAUAAAACCAGAUACUUCCGAGCGAAAAUUUGCAUUUCAGGACGGUGAUAAUUUGACGGAUUCUGAUGAUGAGGUGAUGGUGAUUAUGGAUGAUGUAAUCCACGAUCGCAUCCUGGAAGAAAAGGACCGUAAACGCAAACUGCAUGAGAAAUAUGUCCGUCUGCCGGAAACGGAUCACAGUUUCCAGGGUUUUAGUCUGAUGAAGCCGAGAUGCUGUACGUGUGGUGCCGAGAAUCAUCGGACGUAUGAUUGCCCGAAUUUUAAGUAAAAAAUUAUUCAGUGAUGUUGGAUCACUUUUAAAAUCACUUUGAUUUUUGUUAUUAAUGUUAUUGAACUUUGAAAUUUCGCUCUGAAAUGGGGAAUUUUUGGUCGCAUUCGGUAAAAUCCACUGGAAGAGGUUUAGCUACUGGUCCCCUGUCAAUUUCAUAUUGAAAAUUUUUCUAUAAUAAAAAUUUGUAAUCCAACAAAUAACAAAACUGUGGCCUUACAACAGCAAUGAAGCUUCUGCGUGUUUUACGUAUAAGGUAGGCAAAACAUACGGUCAGCAUUCUGCGCAAAUGUGUAAGUUGUGCGCAGUUCAUGCGAAGGUCAUGUAGCUCAGGGGUUGGAGCAUUUGCACUAUCUAUGCGCAAGGGUGUGCGUAGAUGCAUUCACAUGAAUGAAACUCUCAGAAAAACUUUUGUGGUUUACUGUGGAUGUGCAAUUACUUUGUUACCAGAUUGAAUUAUUUUUUGUUCCACAACAUAAUUCAUCACCGAUGUCUGGCGUUUGCAUGAAUUUGGCAAAACUAUGCACUCGCCCAAGGGAUAUAGCUUGAUGGGGUAUAUUCUUUCCACCUGACUAUGUGUCAAAACUACUCUAAAGAUCUGAUUGCCAAGAAUGAAUUUGCUAGUCAUAAUUUAAGUGCUUCAAAAGUAUAAUUUUGUACAAGUGCUACUAUAUCACGCAGAAGUCAAAGUACAUUUUCUGUGCGGUUAAUAUGCAGUUUUUGACUAUUAUGCCAAUUAUCUUUCACUUCUUUUAUCGCUCAUGGUUAAGUCGCCAAUGUUUGCUGUACAUGUACAGUGGAACCUCCCUUAGCGGACACCUCUAUUAAGGACAACCUCUCCAUUAAGGACACUAGUUUUGGUCCCAAGUUGGUUGUUACCAUUCAAUUUGACCUCUCUAAUCAGGACACAGUCCCGAGGGUGUCCUUAAUAGAGAGGUUCUACUGUACUUUAAUAGUGACUUAAGGCCUACUGCAUAAAUGGUAUCAGGACACUUCCCCCCUGGACAUUUGCCCCCCGGACUUCUGCCCCCGUACU